GAAGGAUAUGAUAAGCUGUGGCCGAUGAAGAAGAGAGCACGAGCACGAGCACGAGUAAGAGCAGGAGCACGAGCAAGAGCAAGCGGGUUCGUCGAAGAAGGCGAAAAGAAGCGACGACGAGGCGGCGGGCAGCAAUACCAAUAAAAAGAUCAACACUAGAUCUGAUGUUAGCGGACAUUAACGGUAACUUGGCGGAUCUGAGAAGCGAAGCGAUGGCGUCGUCGCAGAGGUUUUGCCUGCGCUGGAAUAAUCAUCAAAGUAAUCUACUCUCCGUUUUCGACCAACUGCUCCAUGACGAGUCGUUCGUCGAUGUUACGUUGGCCGUCGAGGGUCAGCUACUCAGGGCACACAAAAUGGUGCUGUCGGCGUGUAGUCCGUACUUUCAGGCCCUUUUCGUCGGCCACCCCGACAAGCACCCGAUAGUCAUUCUCAAGGAUGUCCCGUACGUGGAUAUGCGCAGCCUUCUGGACUUCAUGUACCGCGGGGAGGUCAGCGUCGACCAGGACAGGCUAACCGCUUUCCUGAGAGUCGCUGAGUCCCUCAGGAUAAAGGGCCUGACCGAGGUGAACGAGGACAAGUGUGACUUGCCCAGUAUCACCUCGUCGUUGCUUGGCAAUCAAAACAUAGUACCUCCGCCACCACCGAGUCUACAUAGAAUAAACCAAAUCGGGCCUCAUCACCACGUCUCACAGAAGAGGAUGCACCACAUGUCCAGCCAUCCUCUCCUCGGCUCGGCGUUGUCCGCGCCGAAGAGGAAACGUGGCAGACCGAGGAAGCUAAGCGGAUCGUCCGACACACCGAUUGGCGAGAUCACCGGCCAGGAGCUACAGUCUUGCUCGGGGGCCGAUCUCGUCCAGGGCUCGCCGGAGAUGAUGGAGAUGAAGAUGAGUAUCGACUUUCAGAGCGAGGGUAGCGGUAACAGUGGGAGAAGCGGGAACGGGAAUGGUAACGGGUCGGCGGGUAACAACAACGCGAGCAGCAAUAACGUCGGGAACUCGGCGACGAGCAACACGGCCGCAUCCUCUUUGUCGUCGACGAGAAAGGACGAGCCAACGGAGAACGGUACUGACACGCCCGAGUCGCUGACGCCUCGUGUGAAACGGGAACCUGAACCAACGCCUAGCACAUCUGCCCAAGCCUCCGACGAGACGUUCGCGCGGCCGCACAGUAGACAAGGGAGCGAAGGUUUCAAGCAAGAGUAUGCAUCGGGGAACGCGAAAUGGGACGGCGAGACCUGGAAAGAGAAGUCACGGAAUCUCGGUUCAGGCUCCUCGGGGAAUCAGUCGACCACGGAGACAUCGAGCACGCGAUCGAGCACAACGACAUCGUCGAGCACGACCACGAGCUCAUCCUCGACUUCCACCACCGCGUCGAACUCCGGGACGACCACGACCACCUCGACGAGAAGUUCAUUCGCGUCCGCAGCAACCGGAAGGAACAAUGCCGCCGCGGCGCAGAACAGCGGCGGCAGCAACAGCCCGUCACCGACGACGAACACGUCGACCAGCGGUGGAGGGCACCAGAUCGGCACGAUGUCUGCGCCACCUGGUCGCCAGGUGCCCAAAAGACGCAUGAGACGACGCGCGACCUCGCACUCCCAGGAUCCCGCCGAGCAGCUGACCGAGAUGUCGGUCCGCGGGCUGAAUCUCUUUCGUUACGCCUCGAUCUCCGAGGGCGUGUACCAGUGUACCGAGUGCGCGAAACUCGACAUCCAGAAGACGUUCAAGAACAAGUACAGCUUCCAGCGACACGCGUUCCUCUACCACGAGGGCCAUCAGAGAAAAGUAUUCCCGUGUCCGGUGUGCGGCAAAGAAUUCUCGAGGCCGGACAAGAUGAAGAAUCACAUGAAGACGGUCCACGACUGCUUCAUGCCCAAGGACUGCGUGGUCCCGUUCGGAUUUUUUCUCUCGCCUUAGCGGGCGGUGCGAGGGCGAGGUGGGGCGGCGAUCGGUCCGGCACGAAGAACGUCCGCCGCCGCAGGGGAUGACGACCAAGACGCGCGUACGGAAACUACUGCUGUGACCGGCGGCGUUCAGCGGAACGCUAGGGGCACAGCCCCGAAAACGAUACGGCGGCACUCCUCGGCCCCCAGGAUCCUGUCCGCGUUCAGGCGGGGCCGGGUUUGAGAGAGACAGCAGUCCGUUUUCGUUCCGUUGUUCCGGAUUGAUUGGCGGGGUUCUGUGAUUGGUGUGUCCAGAGUUUGAUCUACCUAGUUAUACCCGAGUAUUCAGUCGGUAGAGACGUAGCAAAGUGAGGGACUUAAUUUCUUGGAGAAAAGUCUGUAUAGUUGUUGGAUACUGGGGUGCAGAAAUGGUAGUAUAUCUGGAAAGAGAUUUCAUAUAUUUUUUGGGCACAGACAUAAUUGACUA